CUUUUAUUCGACACUUAAUUAACGGCGGAAGUGGAUAGAGAUGGGUGUUGCGACCGUAGGCUUCGCUGCAGUUUCUCCUCUUCGCGCCGUAUAUCUCUCGUACAGCUCGCAUGUGAGCGAUGGCGUAUCCGAGGAACAGACGCAGCCGGCCCGGGUGGCGCUUCCUGGCCCUCACAAGUGGCGCAUGGUCAUCGCUUAUGAUGGCACCAAGUUCGCAGGUUGGCAAUAUCAACAGUCACCACCAACAAUACAGUGCCUCAUAGAAAAUGCCUUAACAUGCAUCACAAAGCUUGAUCGAAAAGACCUUUGCUUGGUUGGUGCAAGCAGGACCGAUGCUGGUGUCCAUGCCUGGGGUCAGGUUGCACACUUCAUUACGCCUUUCAUGUACGACAGUUUGGAUACCCUUCAUGCUGCAUUGAAUGGGCUUCUACCUCCGGAAAUCCGAGUGAGAGAAAUUAGUGCAGCAUGUCCUGAAUUUCAUGCUCGUUUCUCCACAAAAAGCAAGACUUAUCAAUACAAGAUAUACAAUUAUCCGGUUAUGGAUCCUUUUCGGUCUCUUUAUGCAUAUCAUAGUUCUUAUAAACUCAAUCCAGUUGUCAUGAGAGAAGCUGCAGCAUAUUUUGUUGGGAACCAUGACUUCUCAUCUUUUGCAAAUGCCUCACACAACGAUCGCUUGGGUAAUCCAGUGAAAGAAAUCUUCCGAUUCGACAUCACUGAACUGGAUGCUCUUUUGCUGCUCGAGGUUGAGGGUACUGGUUUUUUAUUCAGACAAGUGCGGAACAUGGUAGCUUUGCUGCUUCAGAUUGGAAGAGAAGCACUGCCUCCUGAUGUUGUACCAAAGAUCAUGGCAGCUCGGGACCGGAAAGAGCUUGCAAAGGUUGCAUUAUCAGCUCCACCACAAGGACUCUGUCUCAUGUCUGUAAACUACAACAACGAAAGCUUGGAACCACCUGAAGGUUGCCCAGCCGCCAGCUUCGGCAGGACCCACAGUGUGAGUAAAUGUAAACUGGCAUUUUACUGAAUCAAGGCAAUAUUUUUUGACUCACAAAUCAAUUCUUUGAUA